UAAUGUCUCUCGCUCGUCUCAGCUCUGUGGAGUCUGCACACCCUUAAACGUUUUCUCUGUCACUUUUUCGAUUAAAUAAAAGAAAAAAAAGGUUUUUAUGUGGAUUGAUAAUAGAAACAUAUGAAACAAUCGUCAUAAUAAGAAGCAGAGAUUCACCUUCUCCUCCUUCUUUCUUUAUCUUUCCCUCUCAGACACACAGGAGAUUCGAACACAACAACAACAAAAAAAGUCAAACAAAACGAUGGCGUUUCAUCAGAAUCAUCUCUCUCAAGACCUCUCUUUCAAUCACUUCACCGACCAACACCAACCUCCUCCGCCUCCUCCACCUCCUCAACAACAACAACAUUUCCAGGACGCCGCGCCUCCCAACUGGCUCAACACGGCUCUCCUCCGCUCCGACAACAACUUCCUCAACCUCCACACGACCGCCGCCAACGCCACCGCCGCGAGCAGCUCCGACUCUCCUUCCUCCGCCGCCGCCGUCGCCGCUAACCAGUGGCUGUCCCGCUCCUCCUCCUUCCUCCAACGCACCGCAAACAACAACAACAACAACGCCGCAGCCUCCGUCGUCGGAGACGUCAUCGACGACGUAACCGGAGGAGGAGCCGAGCAGAUGCUGAGCGGCGGCGAGAACAAGAACGACGGUGGAGGAGGAGGAGAAGGAGUCGUGAGCUGGCAGAAUGCGAGGCACAAGGCGGAGAUCCUCUCUCAUCCUCUCUACGAGCAGCUUCUGUCGGCGCACGUCGCGUGUCUGAGAAUCGCUACUCCGGUCGAUCAGCUGCCGAGGAUCGACGCGCAGCUCGCUCAGUCGCAGCACGUCGUCGCCAAGUACUCGACUCUAGGAGGCGGCGGGCAGGGACUCGUCGGCGACGACAAGGAGCUUGACCAGUUCAUGACGCAUUAUGUGCUGCUUCUGUGUUCUUUCAAAGAGCAACUGCAACAGCACGUGCGUGUUCAUGCGAUGGAAGCUGUGAUGGCUUGUUGGGAGAUUGAGCAGUCUCUUCAAAGCUUAACCGGAGUGUCUCCUGGUGAAGGAAUGGGGGCAACAAUGUCUGACGAUGAAGAUGAACAAGUAGAGAGCGAUGCUAAUAUGUUCGAUGGGGGAUUAGAUGUAUUGGGUUUUGGUCCUUUGAUUCCUACUGAGAGUGAGAGAUCUUUGAUGGAACGUGUUAGACAAGAACUCAAACAUGAACUCAAACAGGGUUACAAGGAGAAGAUAGUAGACAUAAGAGAGGAGAUACUGAGGAAGAGAAGAGCUGGGAAGCUACCAGGAGACACCACCUCUGUUCUCAAAGCAUGGUGGCAGUCUCAUUCCAAAUGGCCUUACCCUACUGAGGAAGAUAAGGCGAGGUUGGUGCAGGAGACAGGUUUGCAGCUAAAGCAGAUAAACAAUUGGUUCAUCAAUCAGAGAAAGAGGAACUGGCACAGCAAUCCAUCUUCUUCCACUGUCUUGAAGAACAAACGCAAAAGCAAUGCAGGUGACAAUAGCGGAAGAGAGCGGUUCACGUAGGAAAGAACAUAUAUAUAUAUGGAAGUGAAUUUGUAGCUGGAUUGGUUGGGAUUUGAAGCAAAGGGUUUUUAGGGGUUAAAGGUGAGAAAAUGAAGGAGAAGUUGGGCUUAUAUAGAAGAGAGGGGACAGUAUUAGAAAGUAACUUUUUGUGCAAUUACAACAACAUAGUACGCAGUUUGGUUAUGUGAUGCCAUGUUUUUAUUAGUAGUAAGUACACAAAUCCCAAAAGUAAAAAAAGUUGUCACUAUCAUAUGAUUUCCAUUCAAUUUUUGUUUGAUUUGUUCCA